AAAAAUAUAUAUAUAUAUAUAAAAAUAAAUAUUAGAUAAUAAAAACGCACAGGCUCGUGACGCAAAACUAAUCCCAACUACAACAGCGAAAAUCCUGUGCACAACACAAAUAACAACAACAACAACAACAGAAACAACAACAGCAAUUCACCUGCAGGCGCACCUGUGUCGACAACAACAACAACAAGAACGCCCACAAAAUGACCAUGACUGCCGCCAGGAAUCAGGCUCAGGCUCAGGCUCCAGCUUUGGCAACGGCUCCCACUUUGGCCCGGUCACACAGGCUGCAAUUGUCGCUGCCGCUGCCGCUGCUGCUGGCGCUGAUGAUGCUGCUGCUCCUGCUGGUGCCGCCGCAGCCGUGCGAGAGCCGAUACCUGCCGACAAGGUCGCACGGCGACGAAUUGGACAAGCUGCGCGAGCUGAUGCUUCAGAUUUUGGAGUUGAGCAAUGAGGAUCCACAGCAACAACAACAACAACAAUCACACCAAAUGCGUCUGCACAAUGAGGCCAACAAUCCGCUGACCGCCCAGCGUGGCAGCGGCAGCAGCGGCAGCUCGAAUGCCGCCUGGCUCCAGAAGCUGGGCGCCAUGGGCGCACUUGACACGGAGGGCGGCUAUGGGCGCUACUAAAGCCCCAAACCGCCAACAAUUAAACCAAACGCGACGACCCCGAUUAAAACUUACAAACAAACAAAAAAAAUACAAAAAUCGAAAAAAAAAAAUCCAGGAAUGCAAAAAAACCAUUUGAAAUGCCAAAUUGUUCAACUAAAACGAUCUGGUUCCUAUUUAAGUAAGCCAGCCAAAACGAACUAGUUCCAAAAGAAGAAGUUUAGUAUGCUAAAAGCGAACUGGUUCCAAAUAGUUGUAAUUUUUAAAUUUAAAAAAAAUCAAAACUGAACUGGUUUUAAAUUGAAGAUAUUUUUAAAAGCUACCAUUGUAAACAAUAGCUUCAAAACAUUUUAAGCGAGUAAUUUUACUAUCAUAUUGAGAACGAACUGGCUCAAAAUUUAAACAAUUUUAAAGUUAAGCCAAUUGCAAAGUUAGUUAUUUCAGUUAGUUAUCAAUUAAAAGCCUAAUGGUUCCAAAUUGAAGCUUUUUCUUGAACCAAUUUUAAAGUUCAUUUUAUUCAUGCAUAUUAAAAGCGAACCAGUUCAAAAUUGAAACUAUUUAUAAAUUUAACCAAUUUUGAAAAUAAAUUAAUUGAACUAAAAGUACCAGUUCCAAAUUAAAGGUACUUUAAUUAAAAGCUACGUUUGUCAAAAAUAGUUCCACCCUAUUUUGAGCUGAGUUCAUUUUCGUUUGAUUUUAAAAGCGAACUAGUUCAAAACAUAAACUAAUUUUAAGAUAUUUUAAAUCAAUUCAAAGCGAACUGGUUCCGAAUUGAGAUCAAUUUUAAAAAGUUGCCAGAGUUCUUUUUACAAUCAGCGAACUGGUUCAAAAUUAAAACUAAUUCCUGCAAAAAGCAUAUUAAGUUAAUUAUCAAGUAAAUUUCUAAAGGAAAUGUAUUAAACGAAAGUCUAAACGAUCGAAAGCAGAGCUUAGCACAGUCUUCAGUUUUGGAUCAGUUCUUGUAGGCAUUUCAGAUAGUUUUGACAUUCCGGAACGAAAGAAAAUGACAAAAACUCAACGGUUUUAGAGCGCAAGCAAACUGAACUAAAAAGAACUAAACAGUUCCUAUUAAAAGAACAAUAAUUUUUAAACUUUUACGAUUAAUCAAAAUGAAAAAAUCAAAAAAAAAAAUAUAUAUAUAUAUAUAUGAUGUAUGUAUACACUAUAUACUGUACAAGUGUGAGUUGCUGGUAAUUAAAAUUAUAUAUAAAAUUAAAUAUAUAUAGAUAUACAUAUAUAUAUAUAUAUAUUUAUUAUUCCUGUCUACAUGUUCUUUCAACUUUGUAUUGUGGUUGCCAGAUUCUGUUGCAUGUUAACCGAGGCGAAGUAGAGUCAAUUGUAAAUAUGUAAUCCCCGUCCCUGAAAGCAUAAAACUGGUGUGUUUUUAAUGGGCCCCAAGGCUGGGCAAAUAAAUAUAAAUUAUGAGCAUAUUACUACCCAACUACCACAAAUUAAAAUGCCGACGCUUCCAUAACGCAGUUUUUCUUCUUCUUUGUUUGUUUUUUCUGCUUGUUUUGUUUUUGGGAUCUCUGUGCGUAGUUUUGGGGUCUGGGGCCUGGCCUCCAAGCGGCACAAGUUACAAGUUCAGCGACGAAUGCUUUUCCAUUUAAUGGCGCUAUAUACCUUAAACUUAUAUAUACCAAAUAUAUAU